CUAAGGUGACUUUUUGCCACGGAUUACUAAGGAUAGUACAGAUGAUGAAUGACGGACGGCUCUUGGGGGGGCAUUGAGUGCACCGUGGAGGGAUUGCAGAGUGGAGCUGGCCCGCAGCAAAAUGGCAGAAUGUGCGUGCCAUGGGGAGAUUACGCUGCACCAAGCAUCCAUCUACUGAGACCCUCGACACACUCAAACAUGGGCAAACUGGCACGCUAUCACGUCCACCACACCUCGGCUGCUCCCUCUAAUGGUGUUGGUGUUGCGGGGAUAUUCCAGGCGCACAUCGCCAAAACAACCGAGGCUCCCGGGUGGUUUGUAAAGUGGGCCCACCCGCAGCCCAAGCCCAAGGCAAAGUUUCCAAUAUCUCAACGAAAAGCCGCGAGUCCAGCCCUGGGUUCCAAGUCGGCAAUGUUGUGCUACCUGAGCCAAAAGACCAUCGGCGGUCUCCCCACAGCUCGCACCCGCAACUCCGACGGUCUCGAUCGCCCUCCCCCCGUGUCGGGCGUCUCCGACCCUGCCGUUUCAUCCAUCAGAACAGAGAGCAUUGCGCAAGCAAACAUGCCAACUCAUCUCCCCGCACUUAACCAGGGUCGCUUUGGAUUACCACACGCUCUGUUCAACCCCCUUUACUUGCUUUGUUCCAAAGCCAGUUGCCAGCGUGUCCACCCUUUCUCCGGCGUGAUCGUCGAACCCUAA